GUGGGGGUGAGGGUGACCGGGACCCUACCGAUCCGCCACCAACUUGGUAGCUUCCGGGCCUCCGGCGUCGCCCAGUUCUAGGAGCGACAACUUCCGGCUCCGAAGGUCCCCGCUCCGUGGCUCGCCGGGGUCCUAACGAAGGAAAGGUGGCCAGAACGAUCGCCUGACCCCUGAGGGAACCUGGGACCCCGUCUGCCGCCUUGUUCCGGCGGCCGGCGGCGACAGGGGCACUGGAGGAUGUCCGCGGCCGGCGAGACCUCGACGCGGGAGGCGAUCUCGCGGCGGACCGGGAGUUUGCGGGUCAGGCGGGAGCCGGGCAGGUGCGAUGGCGGAAGUGCUGGGACGGUGGCCGGAGCCUAGUGGAUAGGAAGCCGCGGCCAGGGGUCACCGACUCGAGAGCAGCUGCGGACUCUCAAUCAGACCCCAACUACUAGGGCUCGGAUACCGGCGAGAUGCCUCUUUUCACCCCCAACCCUUUUGAGCAGGACGUGGAAAAGGCCACGAAUGCGUACAACACUUCAGAAGAUUGGGGUCUUAUUAUGGACAUAUGUGACAAGGUUGGAAGCACUCCUAAUGGAGCGAAAGAUUGCUUAAAAGCCAUAAUGAAAAGAGUAAAUCAUAAGGUUCCUCACAUUGCGCUACAGGCCUUAACUCUUCUUGGGGCUUGUGUGGCAAACUGUGGAAAGAUAUUUCAUUUAGAAGUAUGUUCCCGUGAUUUUGCAACAGAAGUGCGUGCUGUCAUAAAAAAUAAGGCUCAUCCUAAGGUAUGUGAAAAACUGAAAUCUUUAAUGGUGGACUGGUCAGAAGAAUUUCAGAAGGACCCUCAGUUUAGUCUAAUAUCUGCAACUAUUAAAUCUAUGAAAGAAGAAGGAAUUACUUUUCCUCCAGCAGGCUCUCAGACUGUCUCAGCUGCUGCCAAGAAUGGUUCAUCAUCAAACAAAAACAAAGAAGAUGAAGACAUAGCUAAAGCUAUUGAAUUAUCAUUGCAAGAGCAGAAACAGCAGCACACAGAAACAAAAUCCUUAUAUCCGUCUGCAGAAAUUCAGUUAAAUAAUAAAGUUGCAAGGAAAGUGAGAGCUUUAUAUGAUUUUGAAGCCGUUGAGGACAACGAACUUACCUUUAAACAUGGUGAAAUUAUUAUUGUUUUGGAUGACAGUGAUGCCAAUUGGUGGAAAGGAGAAAAUCACAGAGGAAUAGGACUCUUCCCAUCUAAUUUUGUAACAACUAAUUUAAAUAUAGAGUCUGAGGCAGCAGCUGUGGACAAGUUGAAUGUAAUUGAUGAUGUUGUGGAGGAAAUUAAGAAAUCAGAGCCUGAACCUGUUUAUAUAGAUGAGGAUAAAAUGGAUAGAGCCUUGCAGGUACUUCAGAGUAUAGAUCCAACAGAUUCAAAACCGGACUCCCAGGACCUCUUGGAACUAGAAGAUAUCUGUCAGCAAAUGGGUCCAAUGAUAGAUGAAAAACUUGAAGAGAUUGAUAGGAAGCACUCUGAAUUGUCUGAUUUGAAUGCAAAAGUCUUGGAAGCUCUGGAACUUUAUAACAAAUUAGUGAAUGAAGCACCAGUGUAUUCAGUCUAUUCAAAGCUCCAUCAUCCGGCACAUUACCCACCUACGUCAGCUGGGGUUCCAAUGCAGACAUACCCAGUUCAGUCACAUGGCGGAAACUAUAUGGGUCAAAGCAUUCACCAAGUACCUGUUGCCCAAAGCUACAGCCUAGGACCAGAUCAAAUUGGUCCCUUGAGAUCUCUGCCUCCAAAUGUGAAUUCCUCAGUAACAGCACAGCCUGCUCAGACUCCAUAUUUAAGCACUGGACAAGACACUGUUUCCAACCCCACUUACAUGAACCAGAACUCCAACCUUCAAUCGGCUACUGGUACGGCUGCUUACACACAGCAGAUGGGGAUGUCUGUGGAUAUGUCAUCUUACCAAAACACUACUACCAAUUUGCCACAGGUGGCAGGCUUUCCGGUGGCAGUUCCAACUCAUUCUGUUACACAGCAGGAAGCAAAUUACCACCAGCAGCCUCUUCUUUAGAAACAAACCAAGCAUUUUCUUGAAAGCAUCCGUAAGUGUAAUACUCAACCUUUGUGAUUCUAAUCUGAAAAUAUUUAAAAAAGAAUUUUUUCCCUCUCAGUUCAAAAGAACUAUGAAUAAAUAAAGCACACAAACUUCUCUUAUUCUGCUAGGCCAUAAAAGAGUUUUUCAUUCCAAUUCGUUUGAAGUCAAACUUUUGACCAGAGGCAGCUAAAAGAUGCUUCCAAUAGUUUUUGUCUUUCUAUAUAAAUCUGGACACCCAGUGAGUAGCCUUGUGUCUCUAAAUAAUAUGUGUUAGGAGUGUAAAUUUUGCUUUAAGGAAACCACUUUCCCUCCUAAAACGUCAUGAUAAUUGGAGAGCACUAAAACCUUUAAAUAUUUUUUGUCUGCAUACUUUUCUCAGACUUUCCCACACACUAUUAUUUUAAAAUGCAGGCAUCUUUUUGUAUAAGCAUUUAGCUUGCCAACAUAUUUUCUUUCGGCUCCUUAAAUUGCAGUUGUGUUUGCAGUACUGUCAGUUUUGCUCUCAGUGUUAUGUUGAGUAAUAAUUAGCAUAUAAUUGUCUACAGAAGCAAGAACAAUUUGGAAGGAACAAAAAUGUUUUCUGUUAUUAACAGUGAAGACCAUAUGAAUGCAGAUGUGUGAUAAAGCAUUUAGCCAGUCCCCCAAACAGUCUUGCCAACAGUGAGCUAAGGAAUGCCUCACAAAACAUUUCCAUUCCUUGGAGGAAAGCAUCUCCUUUACUACAAGGGUCCCUGGUAUUUAGAAUUGCUAACUAAUGACCUUUUCAAGUGACCAUCCAUUCUUAAAGAAGAUAUGGUCCAUUUGUUUUCUGUCCUUCAGUGUGGUGGGCAGAGAUGCUGCAUUUCCUUUUUACAGAUAUGUGAAUUUGAGCCAUGAAAUAUUCUUAAUAAUUUGUGAUGCGUACUAAACAUGUAUGACAGCUGUUUUUAUUGGUGUGUUGACUGUUUUAAGAAGUGACUCAAGUGUCAUUGCUAUGCCAGGCUGUUAAGAUAUUUGACCAUUCCUUUCAGAAGGAAUUCUGAGCCUGUGGAACAAUAGCAGGUAAUGGGUUGAUUGAUAGGAGGCAGUAGAUUGAGAAGCUAGUGGCAGUUUUUCUGAAACCUGCAUUUUAAGUUAGUUUAUAGUACUAAUAAAGUUCAUAUACUCUAGGAGCUAGAUAGUAAACCAGUAGGGUUUGUUUUCUCUCCUAAAAAUUUGCACACUAUUUCAAUCUAUCAACUUUUUACAUAACACAAAAUAGAAAAGACAAUAAAUAUGCUUACAUGACUUGGAAAAACCAUGGACAUUAGUUUAAAUUUUUAGAAGUUACUUGCGUGGAAGCAAGAUUUCUACAUUUGAUUUUUAAAGAGAGCACUUAAUCUUUCUACUAAGAAUCCAUUUUAGGACAGUUGUCUAGAAAUUUUGUCAUUUAUCUAUUUAUAGAAAUUUGAUUUAAUAGUAUGUUCCUUUUUCAAAUAAAUGGUAUCCUAGAAGAAAAUAGUCUAUCUAGCACUUGGUUUACAUUUAAAGGGAAAAAUGAACAGUAUUUGAAAGCCCAAUUUCUGUCAUUGUCUUAUUUCAGAUACAAAUAAUUGUGAAGAAGAUUUUAACCUUUAAUGCCUCAGGUUCUGUUUUUCAUCCAGUAUUUUCCUUCCAUGCAAAUUCAGUUAUAGACUUAUAAAAAUAUUCUAAAAUGGCACCUUACUUUUUUGUAAACAAAUCUUCUGUUCUUUAAAAAAACAAACAAAAAAUUUCCAAAGCUGCACUUGAUAAUAAUUUAAUGUUUGCCUACAUGGAAAAUCUUACUUUUUCUCUUGAACUAUAUUUAAUAAACAGUAAUUUUAAUGUUUGUAUAAGUAUGUCAUGUGUAAUUGUGAUCUGAGUUGUAAAUGCUUAAUUCAGCCUAAGUCUUUGAACCAAUAUAAAUACUAUACACCCACUAAAUUGAGAUCAGUCAAUUAAGUUCAACUAAUGCAGUUUUAGAAUAAUAUAACAUGUGACAUGUAUAUAAAUAGUGUAUAUUGGCACUUAUCUGUGAAAUUUUAUACAUGCUGAAUUUCUUCACCCUCUUAAAUUAAAAGUAAUUUUAUUUUUGUGAUAUUGUAAUGGAUUUUGUGUUGCAGAUUGUUGAUAGUGUAAAAUGUUAUUAAAUCGGUGUACUUGGAUGAUUUUUGGUGUUAAGAAAUGCAGGGUGUGGUUUUUUUGUCUUUUCUUUCCAUGUACUUAUGAAUUGUAUUUAUUUAAAGACCUGUUUAUAAUUAAAUGUUUUCUGCCAAAGGAA